GGGGCAGCCGCGGGGUUCGGGCAGAGCGUGGUGCAGUUCGGCGGGGCCAGUGCUGGGAGGCUGAUUGUCGGGGCCCCGCUGCAGACGGGAAACGUGAAUGAAACCGGCAAAGUCUACACGUGCGACGUGGGCUCCCGACGCUGCCAGGAGAUCCCCAUCCAGAGGCCCCUGGACGCGGUGAACAUGUCCCUCGGACUGUCCCUGGCUGCCCAUGGCUCUCAGCUCCUGGCCUGCGGCCCCACGGUGCACCAGGCCUGCGGGGAGAACAUGCACCUGAAUGGCUACUGCUUCCUCCUGGACCAGAGCCUCCGGCAGCUCCGGCGCAUCCCGGACACACAGCCAGAGUGCCCCAAACGGGCCACGGACAUCGCGCUCCUCAUCGACGGCUCGGGCAGCAUCGACCCCUGGGACUUUAGAAAGAUGAAAACGUUUCUCUCUGAGAUCAUGAAGCGUUUCGGUGGCACCAACACGCAGUUCGCGCUCAUGCAGUACUCCCAUCAGUUUGAAGAGCACUUCGACUUCACAGCGUACAGGAGAAAUCGUGACCCAGACAACCUUGUCAAGGGAGUUCAGCAGCUUGAUGGAUGGACACACACGGCCACCGCCAUCCAGAAAGUGGUGCAGGAGCUGUUCACUUCUGGGAGCGGCACUCGAGAUGAAGCCACCAAGAUUCUCAUUGUGAUCACAGAUGGGGAGAAAAACGACCGACUUCCUUACUCAGCCGUUAUCCCCGAGGCGGAGAGAGCUGGGAUCACCCGCUACGCCAUUGGGGUCGGCGAUGCCUUCUCCAGCGAUGCUGCCCAGAGGGAGCUCCGAGAGAUCGCCUCUGAACCCACCGACCAGCACGUCUUCCGGGUGGACAAUUUCGACGCCCUCCAGGGCAUCCAGAGCCAGCUGCAGGAGAAGAUCUUCGCCAUCGAAGGCACCCAAUCCCAGAGCGGCAGCUCCUUCCAGCUGGAGAUGUCUCAGGCAGGAUUCAGCUCCCUGCUGUCCCCGGAGGGGCCGGUGCUGGGAGCGGUGGGAGCCUACGACUGGUCCGGUGGGAUAUAUUCAUAUGGGACCAGUGGGGAGCCGAGCUUCAUCAAUGUGUCCAGAACCUCCAGCGACAUGGAUUAUGCUUAUCUGGGUUACUCAUCUCAGGUCAUCACCGCCCGUGGGCAGAGCAGCUACGUGGUCGGGGCCCCUCGCUACCAGCACGUCGGCAAAGUCGUCCUGUUCAGCCGAGAUGCCAGCAGCGGGCAAUGGGCAGCCAGCUGGGAGAAGGACGGGGAGCAGGUAUGGGGAGCACGACAGACAGGGUGGAGCCGGUGUUGAAGGAAGCCUGUACCAUUCUGACACCCUGUUAUAGUGAGAUUGAGUCAGAAGGACUCAGGAAGGGGAAUCUUUCACAAGUUUAGAAAACUGCAGUCGGCAUCUCCCCAGCAUCCCACUGCCCUG